GUAAGGUCCCAAGGGUGCCAAAAGGUCACCCUAAAGCUGUCAUGAGGAAACAGGUCCAGGAGUUCAUUAAUGACCCUGACAAGCUUAUUAAAUACAAGAACAAACACUUUAAGAACUCUAAGGAUACUAGCGAAAUCGAUUCCUUGAUCCAUAAGGCUAGAAUUUAUCAAAAAUAAGCAGCAAAUGAAGCAAACUGAGGAUGCUAGCCAGACUUUUGACAAGGAAUUACAAAAACUUGUUAGGAAUGCAAGGAUUUACCUUAAGAAACAGAAGAAAAUUAGAAGUGCUGAAUCCAGGAGUCUGAUAAAUGCAUCCAUCCUUAAUUGAAACAAAGCAAUGGAAGCUUUCCUAUAUGUUUAUCCCACAGACCCAGAGCGAAGGAAGAGAUUGAUCAACAAGACAGAUGGAUAUGGACGAACAGCCCUUACUUAUGCAUGAUAUCAUGGGAAUUAUGAAGCUAUGAGUCUCUUACUUGCAGCUGGAGCUGAUGCAUGCAUCGCUGAUAGCAACCUUAUGACUCCUCUGCAUUAUGUCUCAAGAAAUGAAGACCCAAGACUGGUGGAGCUACUUUUCCUAUACAGUAAGCAAACAACGAAGGUUAAGAUUAGCCAAGAAGGCUUACCUCCUGACCAAAGAGAUAUUGGAGCACUAGCCAGAGCUGAGUUAUCAGAGGAUGAAGAAGAAGUCAUUGGCCUCAAAGAUUUCAAAAUUGAUUCUGAAGAGGAGGAUGUGCCUCAAAAAGAAAAGUCUAACAUACAAGAUGUUUCAAAAAUACUCAGAGAAAUUGAUGGAUUCAGAAUAAUCAAUGGUGAUGAGGAUAAGAGAGAAAGUUUCGAAUAUGCAGACAACCCAAACCUCUUGAACUUUAGAGAUAAACUUGGAAGAACUGCAUUGCAUUAUUCGUGCUUCUACGGAAGCAUAGGUAUCGUAGAAGAUCUUUCAUUCCUGAAGGCUAAUCCUUGGCUAGAGGAUGCAUACCAUAAAAGAGCUAUCGAUUUGAUCCAAGAAGGAGAGAAGCAUGAUGAUUUGGUAAAACUUUGAAAUACCAACAUGAAAGUCUCAAAGCCAACUUUGAAAGGAUUAACCAAGGGACUUCUUAACAGGACCAAAAAGAAACAGAAGAAAGGACUCAAAAGCUUAGAAAUAGACGACUUAAAGUUAGUGCCCAAAAAGAAGAUUGUUAGUGAAAGAAUUGGGAUUAACUCUGACAAUUAUCUCUCUUUUGCACUGAGAUCAGAAAAUUUUGAAGCAUCAAAGUAUUUACACAGCUUGAAUAUUUUCCCACUAGAUUUCCAAAAUUCCUCAGGAUAUACGUAUUAUCACUGCUGAAUUAUUUCUCAGCGCCAAGAUUUGCUAAAAUUGAUAUUUCUGGACCCAGAGAAAUUAGAGGAGCCUUAUAACUCCAAAGCUGAGGUUACUUCAGAAGAUUUCGAGGUAAAUCCUGAGGUGUUCCGUAAGAAGAUCUUUGAAAUCACAAGUAACAAAAAAUAACAAUAUUCUUAAUUGUUGUGCAGAGUACGGCUCGGAUGAAUCAUUUGACUUUCUCUAUAAAAUAUUUACCAAUCAUUACAACACUGACAAAAGGAGGAAAAGAGGAAGACGAAUUCUUGAGACCGAGGACGAUAAGCAUAAAUCCGUCCUCUACAAAUGCGUUCUGAAAGAGCAGGACCACAAAUUAGAACAGAUGCUUAAUUAUAAAGAAAUGAUUAGUGAAAAGGACUUAUUCGAGGUUUCAAAAUAUCUUGAAGGCAACAAAGAUACCAAACUUGGAGCUACAAAACAAUCUAUGGCUGCAUCUGAUGUGGCAAAAGAGAAGGUCAAUAUUUUCGUUAACAAAAUCUGGAAUUAUCUUAAGGAUAAAAACCUCAACAAAUUUACAAAAUAUGUACAAAACCGAGCUGAGGCCAUUCAUAACGCAUAUCCUAAAAAAGAAGCUGAUGAGAUUUAUUCAGAGAUUAUAAAUGAUCAGAAGAGGGGAAGCUUAUUCACACCCCUGCAUUUUGCAAUAAAGAACCAGAAUUUACCCUUAAUUAGAGAACUAGUGUACACAUACAAUGCUGAUAUGACCCUAGAGAAUAAGGAUGGGCAUGACCCUGUUGAGUAUUUACACUUAGGGCCUGUAAAUGCUGAAAUACCAUCUGUAGUCAUUGAUACAAUAGAUGAUCUUCUGCACAAAAGGACGAAGUCUAUCAAAUACGAUAAAGACAAGAAAUUCCAUGAGAUAGUUCGCAGAGAGGACCAGAAGGAACGGGAGGAACUUAUGGAGACGAUCAACAAGUUCAAAGAAUCUGUGCUAAACAGUGGUAGAAACCUCAGAUUCAUAUUUGAAAAGCUAGAUCUUGACAAUAACGGGACUUUGACCCCAGAUGAGAUCAAAGCUGCAUUCACAGUCCUUGAAAUUGAGGGUGACUGAGACAAAGUGCUUAAGUACAGCGAUACCAAUAAAGACGGUAUGAUCGAUUAUGACGAAUUCUGUAAUUUCUUGUACCAGACUGAGUCAGAAAUGGAAUCAGAGAUCAAUAGGUUUGAAAUGGGUAGCUCACAAAAGGAUAUUGAGGAAGAUCAGGAUGAUGAGCAAGAGGGAGAACAGUCUGAGGAAGAGCAAACUGAGGAGGAGAUGAAAGAAGAAGAAACCAAAGAAGAAGUGAAUGAGAAAAUUAAGAUUCAAGAAGAAAUUAAACAAGGAAAGGAAGAGCAAAACGUUGGAGUUGGAAAAGAUGCUCCUAAAGAAAUCAAAGCUCAAAAGAAGAAAGAAGAAAGUACAUUUAAAUUAGAAGAAGAUGAUGAUGAAGAAAACAAAGAGUCUACUACUCCCCCAAAGUCAAAUCCAACACCUAAUCCUACAAGUGUAGAAACAGCACAAAAACCUAUUUCCAGCCCGACCCAAAAUCUCACUUCUAAAGACCCUCCCAAACCUUCAAGCCCAAAACCAGCCUCUAAAUCUCCAAAGGGGCUUGACUCUUCUGACGAGAUAGCUGAAGACUUCAUCGAGGAACCCCUUGAAGAGUCUCCAUAACCCCGAAAUUCUUAUGUAUU